GACGGAAGAGUGACGAGUUUGAAAGCUAAACUUUCAUCUCAUGAGGAUCUUAACUUUGCUCGAGAAUGGGUAGAUGUUGUGCUACAAAAAGCUUAUGGUCGUGUGAAUCGAGAUCGAAAAAUGUUGGUCGUCGUUAAUCCGUAUGGUGGUUCAGGACAAGGCCAGAAAGUAUGGGAUACGACUGUGUUACCGAUUUUCAAAGCUGCUAAUGCUUCCUUUGAGGUGAUUUUUACCACACAUCGGGGCCAUGGUAUUGAGAUUGGUGAAGGCAUCGAUCUGACUCAGUUUCAAGUUUUAGUAUGUGUUUCUGGGGAUGGGAUUGUACAUGAAGUCUUGAAUGGAAUUGGACGUCGAGCAGAUGCUGGAAUAGCUUUGAAAAAGAUCAGUUUUGCUUCGAUUCCAGCUGGUUCAGGUAAUGCUUUAUCUGUUAAUAACAUGGGACCACAGAAUUGUCGUAAUACGGUCUUGGCAGCUCUAACUGCGUUAAAAGGUCGAGCGGUUCCCUUGGAUCUAUGUAGUGUGACUCAACUACCGGCAGGAAAAUCGGUGGAUUCAGGUGUAGAACCGAUUAGGAUGCUUAGUUUCUUGAGUACUUCCUUUGGAUUGAUGGCAGAUUUAGAUGUAGGAACUGAGAAUUGGAGAUGGAUGGGAGAAACAAGGUUUAUACUGGGGUAUUUGAAAGGUGCAUUCAAGAAUCCAAAACAACCUUGUAGAUUGGAUAUCUUAUUGAGUGAGUUUGAUAAGAAGGUCAUGGAAACGAACUGGAUUAAACAACGAGCCGAAUUGAACUCCGGAUCAUCAGCUUUAGAUGUUCAGGAUAGUAGUCUGGGUGAACCUGAAGAUCGGGGUUCAAAGUCGGAUCGAUCGAACGGAUUACCUGAUCUUAUGUACGGUGAUGUUCGUACACCGAUUCCUAAAGCUGCAUUACCAUUCUCAUCUACCUCGACUUCUGGUGAUCCGAAUCCGAUCAAAGAUCAAUGGUAUACACUUGAAGAACCUAUCACAUCGGUUUAUGCUGGUACACUUCCCUUCAUGGCAGCUGAUCUGCUCGAGUUUCCUAUGAAACUUACGGGCGAUGGAUCGAUUGAUAUUAUUGUGCAUCAAUCUCCUUCGGUUUUGAGAACUUUACUUUGUAUUGAUGGAGCAGAUCAAGGUAGUAUGUUUAGAAAUAAAGAUUGUCAAUAUUUUAAAGCUAAAGCCUUUAGAUUAACACCCCUACCGCUACCUUUAAAUAAGAAUGAUGAACCGAUUGGAAGGAAAAGUUUUAUUGUUUUAGAUGGUGAGAAUAUGCCUUAUCAAUCUAUUCAAGCUGAGAUUCAUUCGGAAUUGGGUAGUGUGUUG